AUGGAAGAUUUGGAAGAGAACCUUGACAGUAAACCUCUUCGUUUGCCGAAAAAAGCUGCUAAAGUGAAAAAUAAGGCGCCAGCCGCGUUACAAAUAACAGCUGAACAAUUACUUCGUGAAGCAAAAGAACGCGAUUUAGAAAUUGUUGCACCACCUCCAAGGACUAAAAUAUCAGAUCCAGAGGAACUUGUUGAAUAUCAACGUAAAAGGAGGAAGGAAUUUGAGGAUAAUAUCCGUAAAAAUCGAUCUCAAAUUGCUAAUUGGGUAAAAUAUGCAAAAUGGGAAGAAAAUAUCGGUGAGAUGCAGCGUGCUCGAUCUGUUUUUGAGCGAGCACUGGAUGUGGAUCAUCGAUCUAUUACUUUGUGGUUACAGUAUGCUGAGAUGGAAAUGCGGAAUAAGCAAGUAAAUCAUGCUCGGAAUAUCUGGGACCGAGCAGUUACCAUUCUUCCUCGAGCAACUCAGUUUUGGUUGAAAUAUUCGUACAUGGAAGAAUUAAUUGGAAAUAUACCAGGCGCUCGAUUGGUUUUUGAACGAUGGCUUGAUUGGGAGCCUCCAGAGCAAGCUUGGCAAACUUUUAUUAAUUUCGAAAUCCGUUAUAAAGAAAUUGAUCGCGCGCGAACAAUUUGGCAAAGAUUACUUCAUGUUCAUGGAUAUGACAUGAAGCACUGGAUUCGUUAUGCUAGAUUUGAAGAAAAAAUGGGCAAUAUAGGGAAUGCACGAACAGUAUAUGAACGAAGCAUCGAAUAUUUUAAUGAAAAUUUGAGUGAUACAUUGCUCAUUGCUUUCGCCCAAUUCGAAGAGCGACAAAAAGAGCACGAUAGAGCUCGUGUGAUUUAUCGGUACCAUAUUAGAUUUAUUUGUGCAGUCCGAAAAGCUUCAGUGCAAGUUUUAAAUGUAUUUGGUGAUUUUGAAUAUUUUCGUAGAUAUGGUCUCGAUCAUCUUCCUGCAAAUCGAUCGGCGGAAAUUUUUAAAUUUUAUACAAUACAUGAGAAAAAAUUCGGUGAAAAAGCUGGUAUUGAAAAAGUUAUCGUGAGUAAAAGACGACAUCAGUAUGAAAAAGAAUUACAGGAAUUGGCGGAAAAUUCUUAUAAUUAUGAUGUUUGGUUUGAUUAUAUUCGUUUACUUCAAGGUGAAAAACUUGAGCGUGAUGAAAUGGAAGAUACAUUCGAAAGAGCCAUUGCUAAUGUUCCACCUCAAAUGGAGAAAAAAUAUUGGCGACGUUACAUUUAUUUAUGGAUCAAUUAUUUGCUCUAUGAAGAACUGGUGACUUGUGAUUUUGCAAGGGUCCGAAAUGUUUAUAAAAUGUUACUCAAUGUUAUUCCACAUAAGAAAUUCACUUUCGCAAAAAUCUGGAUUAUGUUUUCUCAAUUUGAAAUUCGUCAGAUGAAUUUAGAUAGAGCGCGGAAAAUUAUGGGUACUGCUAUUGGUAUGUGUCCAAAAGAGAAACUCUUCCGUGUUUACAUUGACCUCGAAUCGCAAUUAAGAGAGUUUGAUCGCUGCCGUAUAUUAUAUGGGAAAUUUCUGGAAUAUUCUCCUGAAAAUGCCACCACAUGGAUCAAAUUUGUUGAGCUUGAAACUUUACUUGGCGAUGUUGACCGUGCUCGAGCUAUAUUUAAUAUAGCUGUGCAACAGCCUUCACUAGAUAUGCCCGAGGUUCUGUGGAAAGCCUAUAUUGAUUUUGAAGUGAAUCAAGGGGAGUAUAAAAAAGCUCGAAAACUUUACGAAAAUCUGCUGGAGCGAACUAAUCAUAUUAAAGUAUGGGUGAGUAUGGCAGAUUUUGAAGUUCACAUUGGAGAAAUAGAAGUUGCACGACAAGUUUAUGAAAGAGCUAAUCGGGCGCUAUUAAAUGGUGAAAAAGAGGAAAGACUGAUGCUUUUGGAGGCAUGGCUGCAAUUCGAAAGUGUUCAUGGCAAUCAGGAAUCUGUUAAUAGGGUAUCUAAUUUAUUGCCAAAAAAAGUCAAAAAAAGACGACAAGUACAAACAGAGGAUGGCCUGGAUGCUGGAUGGGAAGAAUAUUUUGAUUAUAUUUUUCCUGAAGACCGAGCAUCGCAAGCUACUAUAAAAAUGCUAGAAGCAGCGAUGAGGUGGAAGGAAAGAUUAAUCAGGUCAGAAACGAGUUUUGAUCGGGAUGAAGUGAAAGGAAUUGAUGCGGAAGAAAAUGAAAAUCCAACAGAGAAGGCGAAAAAAAUGGAUUUUGAUUCUCGUGAAGAUUCUGAUAGUGAUAUUGAUUCAUCAAGCGACUGUGAUUCCGAUUCAAGUUCAUCGUCGUCUUGA